CACCGUACCGGGGCAGUGGUAGCUGAUAUUCAUCAUUGCUCGGUAAUAAGUGGCCCAGUAGAGUAUGUGUGUGUAUGCGUGUAUGUGCGGGACCGCGAAAAAAUCGAAAAUGCCGACGAAUCUCAUCAUGAUCAUGACAUGGCGUAUGGGUCCACCGUAGUACGGAUUGUUAAAAAAUAAUAAUAAUAACGAUAACAAACUAGUACGAUCGAAAUUGCGAUUUUUUUUUUUUUAAUUUUCGUUAUAAUUCGAUAAAUCGCAUUUUUUUUCCCCCCGAGUAAUAAUAUUGCAGAUAUCGGUAUCAUAUCGAUAUCGUAUAAUUCGUCAACGGCAGCGUACCAGCCGAAUUUCACAUCCACAAUGACGAAAUCACGGUGUUCAGUAUUCGCGAUUUAUAUAUUCUUGUUUGAAAUUAUCGUUAACGCGGAACUGACUACGGUAGAGGGCCGAUCGUGGACUCAAAAAGACACCGGUAAGUACUUACCUAUAUCACAGUGCACGUUGAACAAAUAGACAUAUGAAAACUACCCGCGGUUAGGUCGCUUGUAACCAUCUACAUAAUCCGAUUACGAACGAAAAUUGAAUAAAAUCCAUUCGAGUUAUAUUUUAAUACGGGGGGGGGGGGUUAAUUUGAGUGCGAUUGUAAAUUAUUCGCUGUAAGGACGAAUUUGUGAAAUCAAUUUUAUCGAAAUAACGCAACGGCGAAUACGAGUUUCUGAAAAGAUAUGCUCGCCUACGUGCGGGCUACAGCAAAUAGCACAAGCGACGGCCAGAUUCGGAUGUUUAGUUUAAGUACGUGGAUACGACAAAUAAACGGUCGGAAAAGACGAUUAGAAAUAUCGUAAAACAUUAUGAAUUUAUCGAAGACGUUUUAUGUUACCUAUACAUUACGCGCUACUUAUUUCUAUUAAAACCGGUUCACCGAUUGCAGUCAUCGUAAUGUCAACUAGUAUAAUAAUUUUUAUUUAAAUUUAACGCGGCCCCGACUAUUUUUUCUAAAUUAAAAUAUUAAUUCCUAUAUUCCUAUACCAUCAUACAUCUAAAACUGUUCGUAAAACAUUUGACAAACGUCUUCAGGAUCCGCGGGGAAAGUAGUAUUCAAUGUUCGGGUCACAGUAUUACUAUAAUUAGUUUUUCGAUAUUUUUAAAAAUUUCAAACAAACUAUUUGUUAUUUAUUCAUUAAAAUAUAUUCGCCCGUAUACGAGUAUUAUUAUACGUUUCGAUCGGAGUUCGAACCUAUACGGGAAUUAUGUUCGCGUCGUAUUUUGCUUACAGGCACGGGUACACGGGACUACGGAUACACAACACGCACACAUUGUUUAUUUUGUGUUGUGAUUUGUGAUUUAUUCACAUUUCUAUAAUUGAAAAUAUCCGUUAUAGUGAAAAUGCACAGUAAUACGUUUUUCUUCGUCUUACUUUGAAAUUACAAAAUGUUUUCAGAAAUUUAUCACGAACCAGUAGGAGGUACCUAUUGUUGCAGACUCUUUAGGUAUCUUAUUGAAAACGCGUAUUAUUACAAUAAACUAUAUAUGCGUAUAUGAAUUUGCGGUUGAAAAAAACGUCUAACCGCAGAAAAAAUUAAAUUUUUUAAUGGACCUUCGUGUUCGCCGACUUGGCCAUUAUCAAUAAUUUUAUUGCGAUUUUCAAAGUUGAUUUCACUAAAAAAAAAUAAAACAAACACAAUGGCCUGAAUUUCAAUUCACGAUGUAUAUUAAAUGUAAAAGUUUAUCGAAUUCAAUAUCGUAUUAUAUUUUUCCACUCAACCUCAUCAUUAAAUAAAAAAAACCUAGUUUUUUUUUUCACUUUGUAGAUUGUAUAUUUAAAUUCUAUAAGCAAUUUAUUUGAAAUAAUUUUUAAAAAAGUUCGUUAUAAUUUUAAGAUUGAUAUUUUUGAAAAAAAAAAACCAUACACGUGUUUUAAUCCUUUUACAUAUUAGUUGUACACAAAAUUUCAGUUUACGAUUCGAUAUCCUUUUGUUAUCUGAGUAAAUCAUAAAUCGUUAAAAUAAUAUUCGCCAAUAAUAACUAAAAUGCAUAUUGUGUGUUAGGUGUACUUCAUUUUUAACAAAGUAAAAACACUAAAUUGUUUCGUGUGAAUAGUAGAAAUAAUUAUCAUAACGAUAUUCAAACACUACCUAGUACUUAUAAUAUUUUAAGUAUCUAGUGUUACUAUAGUGAUUGCCCACUUAUUAGCAUAAUAAUCAAAUAAAAGUGAAAUGAUUUUAAUAUUAGUUUUUUAAACCGUCCUAAUUGCGCUAACAGUUACAAAAAAAAAAAAAAAAACAAACUGUGUACAUAAUUAUUAUUGAUGAUCGUAUACGUACGAAAGUAUUAAAGAUCAAUGACCACUAGGUACGUAAUAAAACUGAAUCACCGAACGGAAAAUGCAUCGACGAACAUCGACACUUAAACUAAUUACUUAUACUUGUAACAUAUUAUUCAUACAUCUGCAAAUGCUUUGGACUCUCUGCUUAUAUUAUAAUCAAUGAUAUUUAUUCAAAUUUGGACAUUUCACCAUCGUCUUAAUCGCGAUAUACUUAACUUAGAAUCAGAAACGGUAUUUAAUUGUAUCGAUACAUACAUUGCUAAUAAAUUUAUAAUCACUAAUAUUAUAUUUUUGGAUUCUGAGCGGAGCGAGGAAUGUAUUCGUUUUACGACGAUGUUUAAUUUGUUUUUUUUUCUGCAAACAACUUUUCUACUAAAAAUUUUGUUCUGAUUUUCAAGUAUACCAUUUUUUUGUUUUCAUUGGAAAUUUUACUGGGGUGGAACUUUAGGGAUGUCAUUUACGAAAUUUACGAAAUGUAUUGUUUUCAAAUCGUAAAUAUUACGACCUUGCAAAACAUGUAUAACCGAACUCUGCUCAGAAUAGUUUUUCGUUACGCACAUUAAAUUUACUCUUUACCUACCCAGCUACAACAGUGGCCCACCCAUCGUGCGAAGUAUCUGCUUAUGUGAAAUUGAUUAUUAUUGUUCCGUAAUUUCAAAUUAGUACACUUAAAACAGACUACUCAUAUUAUAAAAAUUUGGAAUUCUGGAACAAGCAAUAUUAUAUUAUAAUUUCUUUACUUUAUUUAAUACAAAUUUAAUUAAUUAAUUAAAAUUAUUCGGGUUAUAGCAGGUACCAAUACUAAACUUAUUUUAUAUUAUGAACGAAGCGAAGAAAAUAGUUUACUGCAGAGAUGGUUUAUAAUUUUUUUUCUGCAAACAUUUUAAACUCUGAGAAUGCGUGGAAUGGUUUUACUAUGAAGUGUACAAAAAAACAAGAAACUUUUUUUGUUGCAUUCGUUUGAUUUUCUAUACGGUUACAUGUUUUCUGAAAGUAAAUUGUAAGUAAAAGUUAUUUUCAAUUUUGUUUUUUUGUUAUAAUUUGAUUAUAGAUAUUCGUGAACACCUAAAGUUUUCACAAAAAACUUAUAUAAGACAUUUUUAGACGUGGUCAAAUAUUUAAAACAUUCUACAAUAUAAAUUAUAGAAUAAUUGUUCGUGUUUGUAUUAUGACUCACAAUUUUUAAUAUUUGUAUAGAAGCUAAAAAAGUUUACCGAAACACUUAAAUUGGAAAAUAUUACACGAAAUAUUGUGAUUUUUACGGUAUUUAUCAAUAUUUGAACUUGAAACGUUAACGAAAAAAAAAAAUCAUGACUACAGAUUUCGAAACUUGCACGAUGCCAUACGUACAACUUAUGAUAAACAUUGUAUUACGUUUUCGAGCAUUUUUAUGAAACCAAACAAAUUUCAUCGACAUAUAAAAUAUCUAAAAUUUUAAAUCUCCCAAAAAUCGCCAGAAUCCUUUGGAAAUUAUUAUUUAUUACUUUUUACUACUGACAACUGUUGUGCAAUGAAAUCAUAAAUGUAUUCGUACUCGUCAGUUUCCACGUAUUUUUUAAUUUCUAAACUACCUUUAAUUGUUUUAAUUAGUUUUAAAAAUAAUAAUUCGUCGUUUUUAUUGUAUCUAGUAAAUAGUUUUUAUUAAUAUUAAAAAUGAAAUCGCUGACAGAGAAUAAGAGAGAUAUUGAAAACGACACAUGUUAAAAAAAAAAAAUAAAAUAAUAAAAAUCAUAGAAAAUAUAUACUAACUACACUUAAUUCGUAUAGAUGUAAUGUAGACUAUAUAGACUAUAUAGUAGUGAAAACGCUACGUAUAAACAAACAUUGUUGCGCAAAAAAACAAAUUUAACCAAAUAAAAGUAAAAAUAAUGAUAGUUUAUUAAUUUCAAUUCCGAUGUCCGUGAAAUAAGUAAUGCGCCACAGUGAAAUUCAUACUAAAGCGCAUACUACGAACGUGUCUCUAUCAGUCAAUAAGAUGUCGCGGUUUUUUUUUUCUAUAGACGAUAAAAACAAUAGAAAAAAUUAGACGGGUAGUUGAAAAACUAAUUUAUUACAUGGGUAUAAAUUAAAAUCGAUUUUGAAGGAUUUACAAAAUACGAACGGCGAUAGUAUGCGUCAUGUAGAACACGAAAGAAAACGACGUGCCUGUGAAUAUCGACGACGGGCCGCGCGGUGCCGAAAAUACAAUGCAUAAAAAAAUAAAUAAACACGAGUGUUCCAUACCGAUGACACGUCUCGCGCUGUACGUUCCACGGGCGUUUAUAACGGUCGCAACAUCGUCCGAUUUUUAAACCGGAGCGACGGCGACAGUUAAAGAACAAUAAAAAAAAAUAAUCGCCAUUCGAAAUAUUCAAACACGGCUGAUCGCGUGUCGUCGUCGGACCGCGGAAAAGAGCCGCGCGAAUAAUAAUCGCUGGGCGGCCGCCGAACGAAAGCCGCGUCGGGAAAAAACAAACGGGACUUUGUCCGACGUGGUUAAUACCGUGCGGAUGAACCGUCGAAUAUUUUUUUUAAUGUUUUUUUUUUUUUUUUUCUUCUGACUUUUAUGGAUUGGACAACGUACGGUCCGCAGUCGGCGCGUCGGAACGGUCGUAGCGCACGAGCCGCCCGGAAGUGUCCGUCGCCGCUCGAAACCGAAAACGCGCGCCGGCCGUCGUCGGCGUUUUCAGUAACGUCGCGGAACCGUUUCGGCACGGCGCGCCGCUGUACAGUAUUCCCCCCUCCCCCAUACCACGCGCGCGCGCGCGAUCGUCCCGGCCGGACCGUGCGCGGGCCUAUUUAUAAUACGAACGCGAAAACCCGCGCACACCGUAACAGGACCCGGAACGCGCGACAACGGCGGUUCGCCGCGAAACGCGUUACGAACGCGGCGGCCGCGGCCGUAUCGGUCAUAACGGAUCCGCUUUUAAGCGACGCGCGGUGGUAGACUCCGGAGAGAAAGAGAGAAAAAAAAAAAACUAUGAAACCCCGUCGCGGAACGAUUCGGAUAAUCGCCGAACAUUACCGCGGCGGCCGGUGCGCAAUGCCUGCGGGCAUGCCCGCUCCCGACCCGCGGACCGCGUUCGCGACCGAACGGAAGAACCACGACCGCGCUUUAAUAAAACCGAAACGACACUUGGCGCGCGCGCGCGCCCGGUAACGGCCGACUCGCGUUAAACGAUACGAAUUCGGCCGCGACACUCGAAUUUCCCGUGCCGCGUUUUCCGGGCUUCGAGGCGACAGAAUUUUUAUCGCGCCAACACAUUAUUAUAAUAUUGUAAUAUUCUUCCCUCGUGUGAUUUUCGUUAGAACCUUAAGUUAAUCGGCGAUGCAGACGCAUCUCUUACGUUUUUUUUUUUGUUUUUUUUUUAAUGUCUUGGCAUGCUUCGUAUUUUGUUUGUACUUGAUCGUCGUUCCAGAUUGAUUCAUUUCGAAACACGUACGGGUAUGUCCGUUCGAACGGAAAUUUCCACAAAAUCGUACGAUUGACGGACGAGCGUUCGAAACACACGAGUUUAUAUUUUCAUGAAAUGAUUCGCGCGCGCGCGUGUGUUGUCUGUGUUUGAUUAUCCGAAUGAUUGUCUGCGCAUCGUUUAGCCCGUUUUUCGGGGGGAUUUUACGAUUUAUUCGCGAUUUUUGUCUGCUACGUCUCCUCCCGUCGACAGAAUUCCCGAGAUAAGUGCCCAGCAGUCUGCAGUCUGUAUCUCGUCUCUCACGACAGAUCCAUACGUUUCCUCGCGUUUUUGUCGAAUUUAUCAAUUUGUAAUGUCACUGCGCGGGCGCAAACAUGCAACACGGUCCGCGUCUUGAUACUGAUAGUGAUCCGCCGACUGACGUGACUCGUCGUCAGACUCGCGACUAGACGUGUCAGUCUCCUCGUCGUUAUGGUCACCCGAGUCGCCUCAAAGGUUACACCGCAUUGUCUUAUAGUGAUCGUCUUUGCAUUAGUUUUAAUAACAUUGUAACGGAACAAAAUUGUAAUAUCGAGUUCGUUAACGUUUUUUUUCCGACGUGUCCCCCAAGCCCGUUUUUUUUUUUUUUUUUUUUUUUUUUGUUAAAAACAACUGUACGAACAAAAUUAAAUUAUAUACAAUCGACUAUUGCGGACGAGUACAAGUGUGUAGUUAGAGUUGUCCACCUAUACAAUCUGCGUACAACGAAGUAUAAAUUAACUUGUAAAAUAUGUUUUCAAUACUGUUUUCCGAAAAAUACGACUUCUCGGUUCCCCCCCCCCCCCCCGCCAAAAAAACCGACCCAAGUCUCUGGAGCCGUCCCCGUGUACUGUAUUCACUCGCGUCGCAAAAGACGUCGCGACGACUGUUACUAUUUGACGUUUUUACAUUGCAGUUACGCGGUAAAAACGUCCAAUACUCGUGUUAUACACUCUGUAUACGACCGCGGUGUAAUGGUGCGCCGGCUAUAACAGCGGCUGCGGCGGGUCACGCGGCUUCUUUGACAACUUUCACUCGGGCCCGUACGGGUGUAGUGAGCGCCCGUAUUAUAAACGCCCGGUAUAAACGUUUCCGUUCGGGGGUCUUUAAUAGACUCGCCAAACACGUACAGGUAAUAGGUACGUGUGCGUGUGAAUAAUAUCGCGUCGAUCGGAGAAAGAUCGUCGUCGUCUCACGCGACCAGCGUUAGUAUUUUUAUUAUAAUCCGACGUCUGUAUUGUGCCGGUGAUAUUGAUACGUAAACGAUCACACGUAAUAAACGGCGCCGUCGUAGUGUUUUCGGCGAUGGUGGGGGGGGGGUGGAGGGGUGGUGGUGGAGGAGGGCUCAAACCCGCACCCCUACCCCCCAUUCCCGAGAAUAUACGAAUUGCGCUUUUCACUGUGGACCGAUUGAACUUGAUAUUUUAUAAUCUUGUUUGUACCCUCCUGUAGGAUAAUACAAUGCACAAUAACGAUACGCCACUAUUAUACGCAUCGGGUCAUCGUCACGUUCGUUGUCGACAGAUGACAACAGAAUUUAUGUAUACAGGACACACACGAUAAUGUUAAUAGAACGCGAGUACAUGGUACGCCGUAACGGACACAUUCAUAAACAAUGAUUGUGGACUCGGUGUGAGACGUCAGUUAUAUACAAACAACACCGUUGGCAAUAACAUCGAAAUGGGCAUUCGAAAGUUUUAUAAAAAACCGUGGCCGGAAAAUAUUGAGAUGCUAAGUGUUUUUUAUUUUUUAUUUUUUGUUUUUCGAAUCCCCUCUCUCUCCCUGUUAUAAAAAUCCCGCGCACGGCCCCGAUUGUCAGAUCGGCGGUGUCGUUUGAGGGAUUCAGACUUUGUUUUUGGCCCGCGUAAAAUGUUAUUUAACUGACCCGUCGUCGAUUGAAAUAUGCGUAAAGAAAUACCAAACCCGGAACCCGGACAAUUCCGUGAAACAAACAAGACACACAAAAUGGCCCGAUUGAAAAGUCCUUAUUGGAAAACCGAAAUUACGCCCCUGCGUCAGUACCCGUUUCGCGUCCGCCCGGUACGGCUGCGGCGGUUCUUCGGUCGCCCAUUACAAUAUCCGCAAUCGUAUCGAUGACGAUGCGAUUCUGCGUUUGGCGUCUGCGGCUCGUUUCGAAUGGUAGAAAACGUCAACGCGCAACCGGGACAUCCGAGUACAUUCGUACUCGUUUAUACAUUUAUACUUGCACGCGCGUACGUACUCGUAUACUGGCCGGACGGAAUCUUUUGCGGACCGCACGGUGUUACGAUGAAGGUUUUCCAACUGUAUAACGCCGACAGAAAAUGUAUUUUUCGCAAAAAAAAAAAAAAUAAUGUAAAGGAAACGAUGGGGGGUUUAAGACAUGUGCCGGUGGACUGUGCAAAUGUGCGCGGGGCGUUUACACUGCCCGCAGUACAUUUUACGCGCGUAUAUAUCGCAUCAUAUCGACAGUGUAUGACCAUGACGAAAGGCGCCGCGAGUUGUAAAUUUAUUACGUUUGCCGCGCUAUACACGUGCGUUUACCCCGAGUUUAUAACCGAUCGAUACGGUAUAAUACAUUGUGACCUUUUUUUUUUAUUCCAGGGAGAGAAAGAAAGAGAGAGAGUGGGCGGCGGCUUUUGAGGGAGGUUCAUAUUGACGUCAUACCGUGUAUGUAUCGCGAUUAUUUCCAAAACUAAAUGACCGCGCGGUAAAGGACCACACACACACCCCCCGCCCCUCCCCCGGUCGUCCGCGUUAACGAUUCGCGGUCGAGUACGGAGCUCUAGGGAACGUGUGUCUGUCCCGGGGGAUCGUUAUAAUAAUAUCGCUGUUACUAUUAUUAUUAUUAUUAUUACGAACGGCUCGCGUGCGUGUGGCCCGCCGUGCAAUAACUUAUAUCAACCUAUAAACCAUCGCGGUUAUAACCAUCACGGUAUAAACCGUAUAUAGAAAUCGGAUAAUGGCGCGGAUCUCCGCGGCCGCGUAAUCGAUAGCUCCUCGGCCGCGCGACGCAUGUGGCGACGGUGUCCGGACCGUGAAUUCCGGAUGACGUAAAUCAUUAUUAUUAUUAUUAUUAUUGCUACGGGUUUCGGAUGUUAUUAUAUUAAAUUUUGCGCGUGUGCCGCCGAUAGGUGUACAAGUACGAAGUUCGAGUAGAGAGGGGACGUCGACGACUGCGGCCUCGGGGCAGGGUGUCGGGUACGGAGACGAAUAUAACGAAAUCCCCGGGGGAGACCUCACAAGUGGGCAUGCAUAAACGUCCGGUCGGAUUUAUAAUAUUAUUAAGUAUACGCCUAUCUAUAAUCAUCAUGUUUCGUAUUUUGAAAUGUAUAUACGCACGUCCCGGUCGCUGCCGUAGAAUAGUAGUUUAUUGCCGAGAUUUUUUUUCGUCGGACCGAAAAAUCGAGAGUGUACGAUAUAUUAUUACAAUAUUGCGUUAUACGAUGGAAAUCCACUAUCGAACUAUCGAUAGUGAACCGCAUUCGAGCUGUUCAACAGAUUUGAAAAACUAUUAGAAUAGUUUCACGUAAUAAUAUUCUAUAGAUUUCCCUACAGUAAAAUAUCCAGGAAAACCCUAGUACGUGCUUGACGUUUGAAAACGUGCGACUUCCGGAGGUUCUGACUUGGAGCGAUGGUUCUUGCACCUUUAGAAAGAGCCAAUAAAGAGUACCAACCGCUAUCGUAGUAAUUUCGGAAAUUCAACCCUCAACAAAUUUUUAAAAAAGAAGGGGGGGGGGGGUUUCGAAGUCAGAGUUGAAAAAUAACUCGAUAACUUCUAUUAUGAUAAUUUUGAACGACGGAGUGGCUUAAGCGAACGACCGAAGAUUUUGGUUUUUACACAUGGAUAUAAUGACACGAUGUAACUUGAGAGGAACGUAAAAUAAUUAGUGUAAUUUCAAAAUCGUUUCGUAUUUCUACGUCAGCUAAAUAGAACAGUUCCAAAUAUCUGUCACUAUAUUCCCGACUGUCGGGAGUGUGAAAAUUCACAUUUUAUCUAUACGUUUUACUUAUUUACCUUUCGUACGUCCACUAGAGAAGGCGGCCAAUACCUAAAGCUGUACAGUCAUAUCGUAAAAUGUAAUAAUAUUCCUACACGUACAGUGAUAAAAUUAAUUAAAAUUAAAAAAAAAAAAAAAAAAGGAUUUAUAGGACAAGUGUAAUUUUUUUUUAUGUAUAUGCCUAUAUAUUGGCUACGUUUUAUACCUUAUCUAACGCGUACGGUAGGUAACCGGGGGUUUUUAAAACUUUAAACGUCACACGUCAAUCCGAUCACCUGUAUAUGCGGCGCAUAGGUGUAUCGAUGCGAAUAAUUAAUUUGAAAUAAAAAAAAAAUCAAAUCGGUUCCAACGUGACUCACCGCAUGCAUUAGUAUACAAAACGGACAGGAGUGAAAGCAAAACGUUUAUGUGCAUAAUGAAAUCAAUUUUGUAUUCCUAACACUUAUUUCUGUUGCGAUAACCAUUAUUUCCGUUUCGGGUGCAAACGUAUAAUGGGUAUAGAUAUCAACGGCGUUCAUUAUAAAAUACGGUAUACACUCUGUUAUAAAAUGCGUGCGUGUAGAAAACGAAAUCAUAAUCAUUUAUCACGGGUGUAUCUGCUUUUCGUUUUAAUGAUAAUAUUAUCGAAACAUAUUUUGAAUUCUGAGCGGCAAAUCGAAAUGCACGCUAAUAGUGAUUGCCAACACAAUUAUAACGACGAUGCGGUUAUAAAAAAAAAAUUCCAAUAAUUAGGAAGUUUGAUAUUUCAAAUGUUAAAUUUCGCAUCGCGCAGCAAACGUCGAGUCGAAAAACCCUAUUGACAUUACCGUAUGGUAAUUUUAUUGCGAAUUGUGACUCGUCAAUGUAUCGCUUAAAAUUAAUGUUUGAACCGAGGAAAAGUCCAUUGCUUAAAUUCGUAAACAGUGUUAUACGCAUGUACUGUUUACUAUUCGAGCACAAUAUUAGAGUCGACGAACGGGCACAGAGGUAAUAGGAAAAUGAAAAAAAUUCUAAUUCGCUUUGUAUUAAAUACGGUUUUGUUUUUUUUUUUCAAAUGUAUACGUUUACGAUAAACGAUUUUAAAAUUACAACCGAAUCGGUGAUAAUUAUUUGCCAAAAAUUUGAACAUCCGUUCGUCAAUUUUGUAAAACGUACUUAAUAUACUAAAUGCGCGACGCGUACGUCCCGAUUUUUUGGACGCGUAGGUCAAAUUUGUUCUGCCGAUACUACAAUGACCAUACACGUAUAUUGAUUAAUUAAAAAUUACAUACGCAUCUACGCAAUUUCGAUGGGAAAAAACCCGACGCCGACCGUCGAAUCAUGUCCAUUUAUCGCGCGUGAUUACGUGGGCGGAGUCCGUAACGUUAGUCAUGUGUAAAGUUCGCCCGUGGGCGCUGCGUACAACACGCAGGCGUGCCGUUACGGGUUGUUAAAAAAUGAAAAGUAAAAAAAAAAAAAACCGUCUACCUAAUGAAAAAUACUGCGAUCAAUCAUUGUUAACGAAAAAAGUUCAGUAAAAAAUCUGUGAACACCGUGAUUUUUACAACAAUUGAUUGUUGUUGUGAUUCGAUUUGAAAAAUAUCGACUCGUACCGUCGAACAUUGUCACUCUCCUAAAACACAAACCGAUGUCUUUGUCUAAUUUUUUCGUUAGUUUUCAUUUUUUUUUUUUUUAAAAUGUGUAAGCCUUUAUUCCGAUAUCCGUCGACAGCACGCUUCGUUCCGAGCUAUUAAAACGAUAUCGUCUGCGCGAGACGUACCGCGGCGAUGGUUUCACUCGGCCGAUUCUCGGUCUUGAUAGUUUUGAUUGGGCAUGUCGCGGGUAGAGGGGAAUCGGUGGAAAAAAAAAGAGAGAAGAGGAAGACCGAGAAAUACGCGGUCGGGCGCGAUUGAAAGCGAUACGACGAUGAGCGUGACACGGGGACGACGCGGAUGAUCGUGGGUCGAAGGCCGGGCCGGCCGACUCCGGACAAUCCGGAACGGAGUAGGCGACGGAGCGCACGCCGGUUGUCGCGCUCGGUAUUUCGACGUUCGCGCACAUUCGCCGUCCGCGGUUCUCGGCGUCUGCAGACGGAUCGCGGCCGCGUUGUUUAGGGUCGCAGUUCGCCCGGCCACGCGAUCUCUCCGAGUCACGGUGUCGGCCGACAACGGCGUAAUAUCAAAAGCCGAUCGGUUCGCGAACGGCCGUAACAAUGCGCCGCGGAUUCGUUUUCCAUUUCAUUCGUCAUCCUGCGCCACGUGACCGUACGUACCCGCGCAGUAUACUACCCCGGCUACAGCGGUCGCGGGCCCACCCCCUCUCCCCCCCCUCUCCCUCCCCCCGAGACGCAGUCGGUCUUCGGCGGCACCGAGUGCGUUGUACCGAGUCGGGAGGCUGUUGCGCCGCGGCAACGUCGUCGUCGUCGUCGUCGGACCGCUCAACGGGUUUCGGCCGUCGCCAAUCCGCUGCGGCGAGCCGGCGGAAACGGCGGGAAACCCGGUCACCUUACGUCCGCGUAAUAUUUUCAACCGGCAACGCGCGCGUCGUGUCGCGUGCCGAAUAUGUUGGGGUGAAAAAACCCCGGUGCACGUCCUCCGGUGUGUUUUCGUUAUUUCUACGGGGCGCGCGUCCGAUGAGGCGAAACGCGACGGUCCGGAGGAACGGCCGGUUUACGUUGCAAGUCGCGCGUGUUCGUGCGCGGGCUACACCCGACGUGUGCUCGCACGGUGACGUAACGUGGCCGGCGGAGCGCGUAAAUAAUAAUGGCCGACCGAGGGACCGGCGACACGCGUUCUUCAACGGGAAUAUCUGUUUGAAACGCGCGUACGAAAAGAUAGACCGCGUGCGCACAUUUGGAUAUUUGGAUACGCCGGUACCACUGUAAUGUCCCGAUCGCAGAUGCGUGUGACAACACGGUUGUGUUACGUUGCGGCGGUAUUAGCGUCGUAAAAAAAAAAAAAAAAAACGAUCGUGCCCCCUCCCCCUCCCCCGGGAUCUUUGCUCUGGACCCGUAUCCGGUCGGGUCGUAUAUGCUGUAUCGCAAUGUUAUACGGUCCGGAUAGCGCAACUCGUGCGCACAAUAUUAUUGUACACGCGCCGCAUAAUAACCGUGUCGAAGUGUACGGUGGGAUGAGGGGGGGUGGUGGUGGUGGCGGUGGAACGGUCUGUUAAAAUCGGUCCCAUCGUUCUCGUGACGCCGGCUCGUUAAUAAUCGACCGAAAUAAUAAUUGCCGUACAAUAAUAAUAGUAAUAAUAAUGUUAUUACGUUUUUCCCGGAACGCAAUAAUAAAUUAUAACGCGUUUAUUAUUUCGGGUUUUUUUUUUUGUUUUUUUUUUAGUAGGUGCCUAUUAUACACUCCACGCCGCGUCUUGGAAAGUAAAACGUUUAGUGAAUUCUAUAAUAUCCGAGCAUCCGACAAUAACACCGCGAACAACAACACCGACAACAACUAGUCCGUCGACUUUGUAACAGUAAUAAAAAAACAUGGAUAUUACACCCGCGCGUUGUCGUAACCGUCUACGUGGAAUACUAAUAACCCACGACCCCGUGCGUAUUGGUAUUGAACGAAUGCAAAAUUUAGAAAAAAAAAAACAAAAACAAAACAAAAAAAAUCAAGACCCGUCUCGCCGUCGCUCAUCCUCGUUUUCAUUCCCCGUCGCAUUUAUCGGCCGGUAAUUUAUUUCGUUUUACAACGCAGGCGCAACAACCGCGUUAACUAAUUGAAUUUUCGUCUUAAAAAUACCGAAAAAAAAUCCCUCCGUGUGAUUCGUCCUUCGGGGAUCGCAUUUCGGAAGUCCGGCUCUGAGGCAGGGAGUGAAAACACGUGGGAAAAUGUCGUUGAUCGGUUUUCGUGUACGAAAAUGUUUUCGAUUUUUUCCAUGUAGCGUUUUCAGGUUUUUCGCGUUACACGUUUAUUACGAAAACGUAUUUACUCGCUGUUUCGGGGUGUGCAUUCAACCCUUCAAUCCGUUUCCGUGUGUAAAUCUUCGGUCCACCGUACGCGAUACAUUUGACUGUGCAUCGCGCACAGACAGACUUUACAAUGUUUCGACGUGACAUUGUUCUUCGACAUUGUCGUCAAUCGAACAACGAAAACAAAGUUUUGUCCGAAAUGUACCGCCGUGAUGCAAGAAAUUACAGGGGAUUCGGUUACAAAGAACGAAUCGAGAUCACUCGGAAAACGUUAUGUGUAAAAUACGCUCGUGAUUCCGUUUUCGACCAUAUGUUUGACAGGAAAAUAUUGGUCACAAAAAUAAAUCAAUAAACAGUAAGAAAACUGCGAGCGAAUACGGGCGCACAAUCAAUGACGAUCUCAAUAUAAGUUGUUCAAACAACGGUGGGAUAUAGUAGCGGCAUAGGUAAUGGAGAGCAAAAUAAUAAAUGAGCCGGACACACUUGGCACGUGAAAGCGAACGUUUCGAACUGUUUCGUGAAAAACAAAUUGGAAAAGACCCUCGGAACGACCAAGACAACGUUUGCGUGUUCGCUUACAUCGGAUCUCCGGCUGCCGGGAGUAGGCGACUCAGAAGGGAUAGCGAGGGACGGGAAAACGCAAUAGUUGCGACGAAACGGCUUUCGUACUAAAACAAUAUGUUCGGGUGAAUAAUUAUUAAGAAUUGUACUAGGAAAAUAACACAAUAUUGUUUUAUUUUUAUUUUUUUUUUUUUAUUUUGCGUCUUUUUAACCCGAGUAUAGUUUCCGACAAAUUCAGUCUUGCGAUUUUUAUUUUACCGUUUCGAGUCAUUUUUUUAUCGCAUUUAAACUUUUGAAUGUCAAGCACAAAAGGCGCGCGCAGACCCUAAUAACAAGGGCGGGGGCAACAAUUUUGUUUGGUCGACGUCACCAGUGACUGCGGAAAUAUUUUUGCCUAUGAUGAUGUCGAGUGUACUUAGUUGAAAUUUAUUUCACUUGAACACCUAUAGAUAGUUAAAAAUUGUUUUUUUUUUUUUUAGUUUUUUGAAUGUAUUUUCAAAAACGCGUUUAGCGCAUUGUUAAAUCCGUAACACAGCAUACCCUAUAAUCGAAAACCUAUAAUUCGUUUGUUACAGUAUCGAGUGGCGGGCCGAAGGAGAUGCGAAACAUAAUUUCUCCGCGGAUGGACUUUGACGAGUGGACGCCGCUGGGCCGGGGCGAUCCGUUAAAAAACGACCCGACAUUCGAUUACCUGCCGCCGGUGCUGGACAAAGUGCACUAUUGGAAACCGCCUCCGCCGCCCGCACCGGCCAACCGCGCGGUGUUCUCGUCCACGGCGGCGUCGGUGCCGGUCAACUACAACCGCCGGUUCUUCCUGACGGACUUUUCGAAAAAGGAACCGGCGGCGGCCGCCCCUUACGUGCAGUACACGCACAAAAGGCCUCAAAUAGUGCAGAUGUCGUCCGUGAUGGGAUACCAUUACCCGAUGCCCAAGACGCCACUGCCCAUGCUCACGCCGCCGCCGUACCAGAGGCCCGGGGCCGCGGUCGCGGCGACCACCACGGUCGAGCCGAUGGACAUGUCGUCGUCAUACCUGCAGGAGACGGGCAAUUCGGCGGCCGAAAGCAAACAGCCGCCGACCAUCAGGGCGCCGCCGCCCAUGUCCAGCGUCCGGCCCAUCCUGUCGCAUUCCGUCAUCAAGGUGCUGCUGGAGAACGAAGUGGACCGGACGACGGUCACGACCGGCAGGACGACGUCCACGCCGUCCGCAACGACGGCAACGCCGGCGACCAGCUCGACGACCGCCAGCACGACGACCGCCAGCACGACGACCGCCAGCACGACGACCGCCAGCACGACGACCGCCAGCGCCCAACCGCCGCCGCCGCCGGUCACUACGGACCCGGUGUUCGCGCACUACAAACAGUCCGCCGCGAUGGUCGCCGGCAGACCCAUGUACCUGAUCAUACAGGGCCACUCGAAGGUCAAGACGUACGGACUGCUCAGCAAGUCGGAGGACCUGUCGGUAGCCGCGCAGUCGGCCGCCUCGGUACAGGAACACAAUCACAUCGGCACGCGGCCGACGGACGACGAACAGAGCCGGAGGAAACGCGACGGCGGCAAAUGUACCGCGAAGUUCGGCGAAUACUCGACUCCGGCAACGGGACAUUCGGACACGUCUGACGUGCGCAAUUAUUAGGUUAGGUUAGGUUUAGGUUUAGGGUCGGGGCGGGGCGGUUGGCGUCGAAAUGGCCGAGAAGGGUCCGACGUUUUAGACGAUAAAAACAAUUCGAACGGCGUUUUCCGCGCAUGGCUGUGAAAUCCGGUAAAUUAUCGGUUUCCCAUACGUUACUAUGGCGGAGUUGUAAUUCUGUCAGUUCCGUGGGGGCGGUUCUGUAACGUAAUAUUAAAUAGGUUAGAACGGUGCGUCUUCGUCCCGCGACCGUUUCCCGAAAAUCCCCAACUUAAACAUGUAUAUUUCCGCAGUAUUGUAUUGUAAAAAAAAAAAAAUAAAAAAAAUAAUAAAAAAAAAAUAAAAAAAUAAAAAAAUAUUGUAUUUACUAUAAUAUAGCGAUGGUGACGAUAAUAACAACAUAACCGUCGACAUUUCCUAAAAUUAAUUACUAUACUAUAUACGUUCAUUUUGUUUUUUCGUUUCGUAUAAAUAAUUGACGGGCCGCACUUAAAAAAAAAACGGAAAAAUAAUAACGGGGUCAUCGACAUUAAAUGACCUAAUGGACAUCAAGUGAAAGGCAUGCAUACAUGUAUUUUUCCGAACAUAUCACACAAAAAUCUCGAAUCUCACGAAUCGGUACCGAAUUUUGGGUAGUGUAAUUAAUAGUAUACGAGAGUAAAUACGCGUGGUGAUAAUAUUAUACGAUUUCGAUAAUUUCUCGUCGGUGUAAACCUCGGGGACUCGGACGAAAAAUAAAAUAAAACGACUAUUAAGAAUCGCGCGUUUGUCCGUAAUGUUGCUUUUUUUUUUUUUCUUUUUUCUACGCAUUUUCUCCUUACGAUAAUAAUGACCGUACAAAUAUCCGAGUGCGUCGCGGCCCGUUCGCGUAUUCGACGCGAGCGUUUUUACUCGUGAACUAAAAAAUAAACAAAAAAAAAUAUCACCGAAAAACCGGUGGUGAUGUUCACGAAUGAAUUCAUAAUAGGUACUAAUCAAUGUGUAUAAAUAGGUGAUUAUUGUUAAGGUUAGUUAUAAUAUUUUGUCUAGCGUAUAGAUAUCGACCAAAGAUUAAAACGGAACAUAAUAUAAUAUAGAAAACAUUAUGUAGUUCUAGAGACUUUGAAAAAAAUAACAAUAACGCGAUUUGCGUAUUAUUGUUGUACCUGUAUAAUAGUAAAUUAUAAUAUAUAUUAUUGUGUAGUUAACAUUUCAUUCGUAUUCGUGACAUAUACUACGAUGUCGACGUCUUUUAGAAAGUCGCUUGGAAAAAAUUAUUGUUAAGUCUUAAAACAGUUACCAAAAACGGCAAUAUAAUUAAACCUACACUCCGUGUUAUUAUGUUAUGCGACCGCGGUGUGUUUAUUAUUGAGCAUUUUGACUAAAAACAUGUGUUUCUUAAUUUUUUUUUUUUUUUUUUUAUUAAUAAACCUUAAACAAAUUGUAUAGAUAAACAAUUAUUUAUAAGUUGUAUUAUAGGCAUUUAUUGUAUAAUUAAUGUAAGUCUAUAGUUGAAUAUUCGUAAAUUGUGUUUAAGUAUAGAACGUAAUAAAUUAAUAAUUUAUAAAGCGAAACGAACGAU